GGGCGCGUGCCGCUUUGGGUGGUCGGGUGAUUGGACCGUGCCGGCAUGUUGGCCGAGCCCGCGAGGACGGAGUGGGCUGUGCGGCCCGGACGCACGGCCCAACGCGGGGCAUGGAUCCGGAGCUCGCGAGCGACUAGACGCCGGCUUCGACUUCCACCCGCAACACGCCGCCGUCUUCCACCCCGUUCCACGACACCCAGUAAACCCCACCCAAAACGGACGAGGAAAAGCGAGGAAAUCCUGCAAGUCGCUGGGUUACGCUGCCAUGGACGCGGGCGCUGAGGAGGUCGGCCGGAAGCUCAGUGACGCAGUGCCCCAAGCGCAGAACCUAGACCCUGGUCCUGUUGAUAAAUCAGUCCUCGUGGAGCAGGAGCUUCACAAAUCAGAAGCUAUAUUUGUUGGGAAGAUCUACAAACCUGUUAGAUUUAUCGAACAUGGCACCAGGCUUAACCAGUGGGAAGUGACACAUGAGGGAAUGCUUGCGAUAUUGCAGCGAUCUGGAUUUUACCACCUGUCUUUCUUGAAGAGGGUUCAGUUGGACCAUGCAUUGUUAAAUGCAUUGGUUGAAAGGUGGCGGCGUGAAACACAGACGUUCCACUUGCGGUUUGGAGAAAUGACAGUGCUCUUGAAGGAUGUGGCAAUUCUUACUGGGCUUCGUGUACAUGGUGCUCCUGUCACUGGCCCGACGGACUGUAACUGGGAACGAUUGUGCAUACAGCUUCUAGGCCAAGAACCUCCACAGAUCAAAGGUGGUUCUAUCAACAUUGCAUGGCUGCAUGAUACAUUUAAAAACUUACCAGAAGGUGCUAAUCAGUCAGAUAUAGAGUAUGCUACACGAGCCUACAUACUGUACCAAAUUGGCUGCAGCUUAUUUCCUGACCCAAGUGGGACUAGAGUGCACUUGCGAUAUUUGGCCCUACUCCGCAAUUUUGAUGCCUCAGGAGAGAUGGCCUGGGGGGCUGCUGUUCUUGCCCACCUCUACAGAGAGCUUGGAAAAGCCAGCAUGAAGGGCAAAGCGAACUGCUGUGCGUUUCUCACUCUUCUUCAGAUAUGGGCAUGGGAGCAUAUCCAGAUAUGCUGUCCUGAACGACUAGAGAACAAGGCUCUAACCAAUGACCAGCCCCUUGGAUGCAGGUGGAAUGUACCCUUUAAGAACCGUGAAAAUGUCCGGUCCAUGGACCAUGAGUUUUACAGGCAUGGGCUUGAUACUAUAUCAGAUUGUCAGAUCACAUGGGACCCAUACACACCAAACUUGAUAGCUGGGCUCCCGGCAAUAUGCACAUUUGGAUAUGCAGUUUGGCGAUCAAGGACUCCAUUAAUAUGCUUCCAAAUAGUGGAAAUGCAUGUGCCUGAUCGUGUCUUACUACAAUUUGGAAUGUCACAGCACAUCCCAGACCCAGUUGAGGCAGUUGAACGUGUUACAAUGCAGGGUAAAGCUGACCAAGAUUGGUCUGCUUAUCAUGAUAAGUACAUUAAGCUAUGGGAGAACAGGCUCUCCUCUGUUGUUAAGCAGCGCGAUACAGGGAAUUUGGAUCCUACUCAUGCAAGAAAUUGUUACCUAGAAUGGUAUUGGCGAAUUACACGUCGAUGGAUCUCCACUCCAGUUGAAUGUCCAGUCAUAUCCUAUCAGUUAUCAGGGCAUACUGAGAAAGUUCUGGUUGAUUUGAUAAGUACAGUGCAGGGACGAAUCAGAACAUUGUUACUAAGUGAAAUCGAUGCAAAAAGGAUGAAAGAAUCACUUAUUGAUAUUGAUGUGUACAUCACUGUUAAAAUGGAGGAGGCUAAGCAGGUUAUGCGAAGUGAUGUUCCAACUGGAAUGGGAAUUGGCAGUGUUAAAUCAGCCAUGAUUUGUUCAAAUAUUGUGGACCCUACUCAAGCUACUGUUGCGAAGAUGGAACAAGUUAGUGAUGAUCAUGUCGAGGGAUACACUAUACUACAAUUGGACCAAAUGAGGAGAAUUCAAUCCACAGGAGGAACACCUGAUUUAGCACCUCUCACAACAGGUGAUAGCACAAACAACCAAAUUGAGGAUGUGCAUCCGCAAGAAGAUCCUCUUGAUGUAAUCAUGACAGAAGUCAAUCUUAGGGACAUUAUUAGUACACCUGUAGAGGAUGCUAUGACUGAGAUUAUGAAUACAUCCACAGAGGAUGCUACACUUGGUAAUAUUUCAGAUUCAGGGGAGAAGAACGGUUAUGCGUCCAUAGAGACUGUGGAAGAGCAGGAGACUGUUGGACCUAUCGACAACAGUAAGGUCUACGAGAAGAUUAUGCCUGAAUCGCAGGAGAGUGCUGAUGCACCUUUGACUAAUGGUCAAGGAACGGUGCGCAAACCUUCACUGGUUCCACAAUUCUACAAGAUCUUGGGUGUAUCAACGCAUAAUGCGCAACUGCAGAUCACUGGUGCAUCUGAGAAUGCUGGUACAAUUGAGGACAUUGUGGGCACGCGAAUGGAGAAUAGUACAGUCCAGGGAACGAUGGGUCAACCUUUCAAUGCCAUUGGACGUGGAGACACCUUGCAUGCAUCUAUGAACAAGUUAAGUUCAAUGCGAGAUGAUGUUGAACCUCCCUCAGGCUCUGAACAGGAAGAACAUGCUGCUGCAAUGCCUGGGCGUAAUGAACUGCAACAUGCUGUUCAGACACAGCCUGAGGACAAUGUCGUUCAGGACAGAGUCGAUGCCAUGCAAAAUCCUAUCUUUCGAGGGAAUGUCGAGGACCCAAUUGAAAAUAGCAUUUCGAAUCAUUCAGUUGUGCGAGAACCUGUAGCUAUACCUACUGAAGAUUUGCUUAUCCUUAGUGUUGGAGAGAAAAUUCAGAGAAGUGCGAAUUCAUUCACUGGAGAAGCAACUCAUACAAUUGUAUGGGAGGAAUCCGCUGGUGAUGAGGAUCAUGGCAAUCCAGGUCCAAAUGAAAUAUCUGAAAGAGGGAAAUUGAUUAUUCCUUCCCAUGAAAAUUCUGAGGUCCGUUUAACUAUAGAGGCUUCUAAAAUGGAUGGAAAUGCAAAAACUGAGGAGAAAACGUGUCAGAAUGUAAGAAGUGGCAGUGGCCAGUUGAUAGCAUUCACUAGAAGGAAAAGAAAGCACUUAUGCAGUCAUCGCCUUGAUUCCUAAUCGCACUUAUUUAUUUUGUUUAUGUGUGUUUUAGUGUACAAUGUGAAUUCAAAAUUUUCUUCAUAUUUUGUUGUUUUAAUAUACCGAGUCUCCACUGUUGCUUUUCCGUUAUCCAUAUCAAGCUUAUGACGUCAUAGUCAUUUACCUUCCUGAUUCAGUGCACACGCACACUGGUGUGCUUUCCAUUUCACAUAAUUUUGUGAUACUUCUUCGCUGGUCUUAUAUCCUGAGUUUGUCAGACUUUUCAAGCUCUAUGGUCUUUCAAACAAACAUUGAUCUAUCAGGUACUGAAUUGGACUUGUUUUUGCAUUCAAGAAAGGAUGGAUUCAUUCGAUUCUCUUAGUUGUUUAUCCUGUGACCUACCAAAUUUUUAUUCUUGUGAUAUCUUAUAUUUAAUUGACAGCUCCGAGUUCAACAAUGGUAUGCAAGCAGCUUCUCAAGAACUAUACCUAAAAUUUGUGACAGCUACAUGUCACUGUGUCAGCACACUUAGUGUCUGCAAGCAAGAUCUUUUCUUUUUAAGAUUGUGUCUUCAGUAUAUCUGGAUGCAGACUCCGUAAUGAAAGGUUUCGCGCCAAGGUUGUAGCCCUGUUCUUUUGAUGUGAGCUGAUCGUUUGGUGGGUGCUUCUGAGAUUUACAGCUGCAUAAAGCUAACAGGAAUAUCUGAACUAUGUGUUGUCAAGCGCAGGCAUGUCUGAACUGAGAUCAUGCCACUAAGAUAGUCAGACUCUCUUCACCUUGCAGGAGCAGGAAUCAAACAUGCAGUCACCAGUAUAAGAACAUGCCACUUCCCCACUCCUGCUGAGCUAUACCAGGUUUUUCCAAAACCCAGAGAUGUAUUACUAUUCGGUACACUGCAACCUCAAGAGUCAAGAAGGAUUAGGUUCUUGUGCAUUAAUUUGUUUUCCUUAUUAAACCAUGCACUUGUCCUUUGCCCCCUACACGACCCUACUGCAACCUCUAGAGUCAGCAAGAUCAGUCCUUCGGCGUUUCCAGAUUUAUCACAUGGAGGAGACACGGGACAGGAAGGCGCUGUAGCAAGAUCAAGAGGCGCCACCAGCUAAUCAACCACAAUGAUUCAUCUUCCGGGAGGAGCAGCGGGGCUGGAAGAAGGGAUAGUCCUUUCGUUUUGUGUCGGCCGCGGCUCUUCGCCAUCAACUGACGCCGUUCUUGGCUGGGCACAGGCCGUAGGCAUCGCGUCAUGGUCGCCGCGCGUGGUGAGGCUUUCUGACGCGAGGCUGUAAUCUUUCGUGCGGUCGUGUCGUGCCCAGCAGCUUGGGAGACCUGUCGGUCGGGCUCUGUAAUGAAAGUUGCACCUGCCUCGUGCCCGUGACUGCAGUGAAGUGCUCCAUUUAUGUUGCUAUCGAACAUUGCUGUAAUCCCUCGCUUUCAGCGCUCGUGUUUGCCCCCGCCGUGUACAUCAGGUGCUGACUUGUCGUGAUCUGUCGCGUCUUAAUUUGUAUAUUUCAAUCUCGUGUAAUAUAUCUUUGUAAGUAACCAAAUAUCAUAUAUUCUCAACCAGAGCCAGACUGAACAGAA